AUGCAGGACUUCGUCCCCCUCCUCGUCUUGCUACCCAUGACGCUCCUCCUGGUCGUGGGCCGCGGCAUGCUCCGGCGUGCGCCGCCGAUCAAGGAAAUGCGGGCCCGCCUCGCCGCCGUCAAGUGGGCUCUCGUACGGGACUUCUCCACCGCGUUGCGGCAGGACGUCGUGAUCACUGACCGCUCGACCGCGCACCGCCUCCUCGUCCGCGGCGGCGGCGGGGGCGCGUUCUGCAACCGACCGCCGACGAGCGCGGCCAGCUCCGUCCUCUCCCGACAGCGCCACCACAACAUUGGCUCGGCGCCCUACGGCCCGCUCUGGCGCGCCAUCCGCCGCAACCUCGUCUCCGAGGUCUUCCACCCGUCGCGCCUCCGCCUCUACGCCCCCGCCCGCCGCCGCGCGCUCCGGGGCCUCGUCGCUGACCUCCGCGAGCAGUGCACCUCGUCUAACGUGGCCCUCGCGGCCGAGAGCAUGCACGCUGCUUUGUUCGGCCUGAGCGCCGCCAUGUGCUUCGGCGACGGCGUCGACGCGAGCCGCGUCCGCGCCAUGGCCGACGCCAUGGAGGACCUCAUCCGGUCCCUCGUCGGGCUCAGUGUCUUCGCCGCACUCCCGGCGUUGACAGAGUUGAUAUACCGCAAAAAGUGGAACAAGCUGGUCGCGCUCAGGCGGCAGCAGGAGGAGCUGUACCUCCCGCUCAUCAAUGCCCGGCGCGGCCACCACCACCGUCCGUCCGGCGAAGCCCCAACAUAUGUGGACACGCUCUUCGACCUCCUGGUCGUGGACGACAGCUGCUCCGCAUCCGGUGGGAAUGCUCCCAAGCAAAGGCUGACAGACGGCGAGCUCGUGGGGCUCUGCUCCGAGUUUCUUGGCGCCGGCACGGAGCCCGCGACCGCGGCGAUGCAGUGGGUCAUGGCGAACUUGGUGAAGCAUCCGGAGGUACAGGAGGCCCUCCGGAGAGAGAUCGACGCUGUCAUCGGGGAGGACGCCGAGGAGGUCGGCGAGGAAGACCUUGGUAAGCUGGAGUACCUCAACGCUGUCCUCAUGGAGGCGCUCCGCCUGCACCCUACCGUGCCCUCGUUGAGUAGGCAGGUGAUACCGGAGGACCACAUCGUCCUGGACGGCCGGCGUGCUUCGGCCGGGACGAAGGUACAGUUCCCGCUGGAGCGUCUGGCACGGGACAACACGGCAUGGGCCGACCCCGAUGAGUUUCGGCCGGAGCGGUUCCUUGCCGGCGGCGAGGGCGCCGGCGUGAGCCUCGUGGCGGCUGCGGGAAGCGCCGGUGAGAUCAAAAUGAUGCCGUUCGGCGCCGGUAGGAGGAUGUGCCCGGGCAUGGGCGUCGCGAUGCUCCACCUCGGGUACUUCGUGGCGAACCUCGUGAGGGAGUUCGAGUGGACGGAGGCGGGAGGCGACAUGGCCGUCGACCUCGAGCCACAGGUCAGGUUCUUGAACGUCAUGAAGCAGCCGCUGCGUGCCCACCUCGCGAUGCGGCGGAAGACUAGAUAA